CACAGAGUCUCAUUGAGAAGCAAGACAGGAUGGAACAGGAUGAACUCACACCACUCUGCUGGCAGAUUUUGCUGUUGAGUACUCUGGUAUACUGUAGCCUCGGACAAGGUGGAGCCUCUCUGAAUGUCAGUCCUGACAGAUCUCAAUUCUUUGAAUUUGAGUCUGUCUCUCUGAGCUGUGAGGUUCAGGGGAACUCUGCUGGAUGGAGCGUGGUGAGGAACACAGGGAGAGGAACCUUUUCAGAGUGUAAUAUUGACUGGGGAAAACCACAAGGGUCUUCAUGCAUUGUGUCACUAAUACCAUCAGACAGUGGAGUGUACUGGUGUGAGUCUGGGUCUGGAGAACACAGCAAUGCUGUCAACAUCACAGUACAUGCUGGAGCUGUGAUCCUGGAGAGCCCUACCCUUCCUGUGACUGAGGGAGAUUCUGUGACUCUGCACUGCAGAUAUAAGAGAACUCCCUCUGACCUCACAGCUGAUUUCUACAAAGAUGGAUCCCUCAUCAGGACUGAGACUACAGGAGAGAUGACCAUCCCUGCAGUAUCCAAGUCAGAUGAAGGACUCUACAAGUGUACCAGCUCUGAAGGGGAAUCACCAGAGAGCUGGAUGACUGUGACAGAUGGGGGCUCUGGCUCAUCCUCCUCUCCCACCCCUCUCAUCCUCCCUCUGUUUGUGUCUGGGUUGGUGGCUGCUCUCUCCAUCUCUCUGAUCAUUCUACUGGUCCUGUUCUGCAAGAGGAACAAAGAUGUAGCAGCUGAACCAAGAGAUGUUACGUAUGCUGACGUCAGAAUCACACAGGACCCAGAAACCAGGAGAAGGAGAGAGAAGUCUCCAGGAUCUGAUCCAGUCUACUCUGCAGUGAAGACCUCCAACACCACAGAGAAGUCUCCAGGAGCUGAUCCAGUCUACUCUGCAGUGAAGACCUCCAACACCACAGUUCCAGGUGGAUCUGGUCCAGGUGAUGUGACCUAUGCUGACAUCAACCACACAGAGAAGAGACAACACAACAGGACGAGAGAGAACGUCGUUCCAGACCCUGUCUACUCAGCGAUGAAGACAGACAGACAGAGACACAGGUCAGAAGGUCAUUCCAGACCCUGUGUACUCAGCAGUGAAGACAGACAGACAAUGUUUGAUCCAAGUUAAACCAUUUAAAGGCAAUGCUACCAAAUACUAAUUGAGUGUAUGUAAACUUCUGACAAACUGGGUGUCACGACUUCCGCAGAAGCAACGUUCGGUUGUCGAAGUCACCGGCUUUCUAGCCGCCACCGAACUACGUUUCAUUGUCCAUUUGUUUUGUCUUGAUUGGACACACCUGGUUCCCAUUACAUCAUCAUUUAUUCCCUAUUUAACCCUCUGGUUCCAACAUGGUUUUGUGCGUGAUUGUUCUUUGUUAAGUGUUCGCUAUUUCUGUGAGCUGGAGUAUUUUCCCUGAGUGGAAUUAUUUUGUGAUUUAUUCGAGUAAAGUCAUUUUCUUACUCAGCUCUGUGUCCUGCGCCUGACUCUGUCCUACCUUCUGCACACUGACACUUGACACGGGGAAUGUGAUGAAAGAAAUAAAACCUGAAAUAAAUCAUUCUGUCUACUAAUAUUCUGACAUUUCACAUUCUUAAAAUAAAGUGGUGAUCCUGACUGACCUAAGACAGGGAAAGUUUACUAGGAUUAAAUAUCAGGAGUUGAGAAAAACUGAGUUUAAAUGUAUUUGUGCUAAGGUGUCUGUAAACUUCCGACUUCAACUGUAUAUUAUGAAUGAUGUAGCAUGUUCAGUUUGUUAUGAAUUAUGUAGCUUGUUGUGUUUGUUAUGAAUGAUAUUGUGUGUGUUAUGAUAGAUGUAGCAAGUUUUGUUUGAUUUUGUGUUUGUUAUAAUGUUGUGUUUGAUAUGAAUGAUGUGGCAUGUUGUGUUUGUUAUGAAUGAUGUAGCAUGUUGUGUUUGUUAUGAAUGAUCCAUUGUGAUAUGUUUGUUAUGAAUGAUGUAGCAUGUUAUGCUAUGAAUUAUGUAGCAUGUUGUGUUUGUUCUGAAUGAUGUAGCAUGUUGUGUUUGUUAUGAAUGAUGUAGCAUGUUGUGUUUGAUAUGAGUUAUAUUGUAUAAUGCAAUGUGUUUGUUAAACACUGAGACCUGUGUGUCUAACUACACAUUAAACUCUGAGACCUUG